AUUGUGUAUAUCCUGCAUAAGCGCAUCACUAUUCCUUUCGAAGCAUUUUUACGUUUGUUUGAAAUACCCUACUUGAAAAUGAACUCAUCCAUGUAGGUAGAUCAAGAAAACGUGCACAAUUUGUUUUAUUAUUGUUUCAGGGAGUAGACUGAUCAACAUGUGAUCUUUGUGACGGCUUAUCAAGCACGCCGACGCAAUCAUUAGUACACUGUGUACUCAGAAACUGUCGCACAAUCAAAACAAAGUCGUCCAUGACCCUUGUAUAAAGGAUAUAUGGAAGACAAGGGGAAACCAUAGAGUCAGAUCAUCGCCACACACAUGGAACCCCAAGAACAAGACAUUCUCCAUCGAUACUACAAACGACUCUCAGAGAAUCUCGAACCUAAAGACCUCCUUGAGCGACUUGGCAUACUAGGUGCUAUUCGUAGCGAGGAUAUCGAAGCUGUGCUGAAGGAAUGGAUCUUUGAAGGUGAAGAUCGAUCAAAACAAGCACAAUGGCUUCUUGAAAGCUUACGGAACCAUGAUCAAGGCAUGAAGUAUCUCGUUCAAGGGCUUCUCUCCAGCGAAAGUCAGGAUUUUUUAGCGAGAGAAAUCCUCGAAGAUGAAUUCUUUGUUGAAAACGAUAUUCGCGUAUUGUUGGAAAGCCUCAAAGACCAAUUAAAUGAAGUUCAAAUUCUUAAACUUGAAUUACUAAAAGAACGCAAGAAUCACGAAGAUACAAAACGACAACUGGAAGAAGUAAAAAGCAAUCGUACUUCAGCAAUAUUUAGUGACUUUGAUAGCUCUUUCAGUGGGUAUGAUAGCUGUGAUGUAACUUWUUUACUUAAAGAACUGGAUGAAGAGAAGAAGCGGCGUGAAGCAGCUGAGCGAAGAACCGACGAACUUGUCGAAAGUCAACAACAAAUUCUUCGCCAUUUCAAAAGUCUUGAAGACGUGAGGUUCAGUAAAUCAUUGAAGGACAGUUUGCCAUGGAAGGCAGCUUCUGUAGCAGAUCUUUGUUUACCAGAACGAGGRUCGUUUCAUCUGCGCACAGAUGGGGGUCAUGUGAAUAAAUGGCCAAGUAUUGAUAGCGGGGCUCAAAUCAAAGAGUUUUCGAGUAAUCGAAAUUCAUUCACUGAAGACGACCAAGCAACAGGUGUUUUGGUAUUGGCGGAAAAAGUUUCUACGCUCCAGGCUCAGCUCGAGGAAGAGAUAAACAAACGYGAAGAAGCAGAGUAUGAAAUCAUSAWGUUGGAAUCUGAAAAUCGAAACUUGCACGAUGAACUCUUUGAAACUCGCGAUGAACUUUACGAAACAAGAGAUCAGCUUCUUGCGUCAAGUAAGCUUGACAUAAGAGAAGACGACGAUGUGUGGGACGAAGAUGAUAUCGAGCAGCGCACAACAUGUAGCGUGCCAUUGUACGAUGAGUUUUCUCUCGGUCGCAGAGCUUCUUACCCUUUACUGAAUCAAGAAAACUCAUUUUCCAAUCAGAAUGGCGAUGUUCGGUUACGUCARGGUCCCAAGCGCAUGAGCAGACCGGUGUCAUAUCACGGAGACACGAGAGUUUCCCACAUGUGGCAGAAUCGUAACACUGAACAUUACGAGAUGGACCAAUAUGAAAAUGAAAUCAAAACCAAYCUUAACCCGAUGGACAAGGAUUUUAGAUUUGCUCUCCGUAGACUCAAACUAGACACAUGGAAAUUAUACAAUGACCUUUUGAUGAACGGAUUGAUGAUUAAAUCAACGAGUAAUCGUGCGAAAAGACUUUCUAUUCGAUGAACCACAGCACAUGUUGGUCUUCCUGUGUUGUAUAGCCACAGGUAACCUUGUUGUAUUUGUUGGUUGCAAGACGGUUAGAGGUGUGCAUAGGGGUUUCUAGAACCCUCCUUCCUUGGCAGUCCAAGUCUUUAAAAUAUGAGACUUUAUUUGCCAAAUUAGUAAUAACACAUUUUUGGAUCGUACAGCUGUAUUCGGUUUGAAUUCACAAUUAAUACAAUUAUGCAGUCGCUAGAGUUCUUCAUAGUCUUGAACCCAAAAAAAAGACUCCCCCUGAUUGAACCCCCUAUGCACGUCCUUGUUCUAUACUAAAGCCCUAAACUGGCAUAGCGUAGUGUGCAUUGAACUUUGCAUGACGUUAUUGGUGCUUUUGUGUAUAUGAAUAGCCAAUAUAGAUACUCCAGAAAAUUAUGACAAAUUAUGUCAGUACAAAUGUAUGGCGGAAACUAAAAUACCUAUUUAAAUAGUUUAUAUUUCUAUAAAGAGAAUAUGCAUGCAUACUUGCGGUACAUGUAAUAAGAUUAUAAAUGCAAUUAAAAUGAUAUGAUAAAGUCUUCA